AUGGAGCAGACUUUCAUGACAAUACACAACUUGGGUCCGGAUGCAAAUAUCCUCUAUGCGUCCGAGUCCGUCAUCGACAUCCUUGGCUACACUCCACAUGAGGUGCUCGGCAGGUCCAGCUUCGACUUCUUCCACCCCGACGAGGUACCUUUUGCCCGAUCCGUGCACACUCGUGGCGUCUUGCUGGACAAGGCUGCCGUCCUGCACUAUGCACGUAUCCUCUCUCGCGAUGGCCGCUGGGUAAGCUGCGAAUGCUGUUUCACCAUCGUCCACGAUGUCCUCGUCGCAUGUACCAGUAUCUACCGCCGGGGUGAAAAGAGCGAGAGGCGUGCUAUCGAAGCACCGCAGAUUCGACGCAUCUUUUCUUGUUCCCCCCGAGACCCGCGUUACCAUAUGUUGGAGCACCUGUCGCCUAAAUUCAAGAUGUCACCGAUGGAGCGCGAGCCUCGAGCGGCCCUUAUCUUGAACCGAUUCACCCGGACCCUGACUGUCAUGUUCGCUACCGAAGCCAUUGCCUCUAUCCUUGGUGUGUCUGCCGACCAAGUUCAGCACAAGAGCUUCUAUGAAUGCAUCCGAGAAAGCUCACUGGACGACGCUUUCAAAUGUCUUGAAAGUGCCAAAGCCAACGACUCGAUUGCGUAUCUGCGCUUCUGGUCAAGAGACCCUCGAAGACCGGAAGACUUUGAGAACGAAGCCAGCGACGACGAAUUAGACGACGGAGAUGACGCUGAGGAGGAAGAGGAGCAAUUUGAGGAGGACUCUAUCACACCACCUCGAAACCAAAGCACAUCAGGACACGGGUCUUUAACACCAAAGAAACCAAACCAUCUGCCUGAAAGUCGACGGUCCAGCGAUUCGGAAGGAGGUGGCGUGAAGUUGGAUAGAGCCAUGGAUCUUGACUCUAACCAGCAGCCAAGCCCUCCGAUCAAGGUCGAGGCAGACGUCGAGAUGCAAGACAGUGGUUCCUUGAAUGACGAGUCAUCAUUCGAAUCACGAACUGCAAGCUCAGCAGCUAUGGCUUCCAUCUCCCAGACUGACGGCUACCGAACACCUCCCACACCGCAAUCCCCGAGACCAAUGGAACGCUCUACUCCUAGCCCUCGAAGAGCGCGCAGCCAGCCAAGACAGCGGCUUGCCCCGUCUGUCGAGUUGGAGGCGGUUGUUUCGUGCACUUCUGAUGGGCUUGUCGUCAUCCUGCGUCGAGCAAGACCCCAGAUCCCGAAUCUACACCCUCCCUUAGUCCCCUCGCAUUUCGACAACGGCCUCUUUGCCGCUCCGUGGGGCCAGCAACCCAUCCAACCUCAGUGUCCACCAGAAGUGUUGUACAACUUUCGACCUCCACUGCUGCCGCAGCACAUGCCACUCCGAGAGAACGUCAAAGCUGCGGGAGGUCCCCCGAUCGACCAAUUGAUGCGGUCUAUUCGAGAUGUCGCUGUGUUCGCCUGGGCUCUCGUGGGAAUAAAUGGGAAUCUGGCCUCAUACAGUCACGGCCAACCAAUGGGAGAGUCUCAGCCACCAGAUGGUCUUCCCGUUUGGGAUCCUGCUGCAGCGCAAACAUCCUAUCAAGGCCCUGAGAAUCAAGCCGCUCAACGUUGGGCGAGAGAGCGCCAACAACAAGGGGUGCAAUUCAUGCGACGUGAUUCAUUAUCUACAGGCUAUCAUGCGGAUGGGCCUGGAAGUCGCAACACAUCUGGCAUGGGAUAUGAGAACUAUUCCCUGAAUGGCUAUGGAAACCGUGGAAACCAAUGGUACUCGCAACCAUCAGCCUUUCAGCAAAGCCAGGAAGCGCUGGCACAGGAUUAUUGCUACAGAGAGCAGAUGGACCCGAGAGCGACGGCUCCUUCGGAUUACAUGGGUACAACACUUCCGCCACUGAACGGGUGGAGUGACGUGCACCAAAGACUGGGGAGCUCUCAGAUACCCUCGACACUGGCCGAGGACCCCCAGCACCAUCGUUACAGGUGGUAUUAA